CGCAGUCAGCAGUAGUGAACCUUUCGAACGGUACGACAAGUACGCGCGAGGAAUCAGUCAUCGCAAUAACUUUGCUCGCUGAAGUAGUCGCUUGUCGUCGUGGUCGCAGACAUCGGAAGUUAAUAAUAUUUAUCCAAAUUAAUACCCGGCAUAAAUUAUCGCGUGCCCCCACAUCCGAUUUAUCUUUACACCGUGCGAGUGUGGUGGAUUUUCGUCUGUUUUGUUUACCCGUUUGCUUCACAUUGUUGGAAUUUAAAAACAGUUACUUUGCUCUGGUUUGCAGUAAAUUCGAGAAGCAUGCCCGAAUGGGUAACAUAGUGCGUAGUUUUUCUAAGGCUUCACCUGCUAGCAGUCACUCGUAUGUUUCGUACGAAAAUAUGUAUAGAAAGUGAAGUGCAAUGAACGUAAAGAAAUCCAUGACGCUGAACUGAGCUGAGCAGUAGAGAUCAACAACAAAAGAAGCCACGAUAGUGUGUGUCUUGUCCAUGUGAAUAAAAGAGGAAUUUGCCCCUUUCAAGGCUGAUAUGUCUCCUAAAAGAGGAAACUAAUCAGAUUAUUCUGAACGUUGGAAUUGUUGUAGUAAAUCGAGUGAACUGUUGAAAUAGAAAAUUAAUACAUGUGAAUAAUGUCAACCAAUUAUGUGCAUAAGGUGAAAAAAGGAUUACAUAAAGUUAUCUACGACAAGUUGUACUCCAAUUGUUCCACGUUUAGAAAAAUGCACUACGAAGAGGUACCAGAUGGCUACGAUUAUGGCUACAACGGAGGUCAUUCUUACCAUCAGCAACACCCACAGUCGGAUGGCCACAGCAGUCCGUCUAGCGAAGCCGUAAUGAUCAAAAUCGAUGUUCCUGUUCCGCUUCGCGACGAGCAGCGCUUUCCAAAGGAAGUAUGGAAAACGGUACUGGCGCUGCUUCUCAUGGCUGUCAACUUCAUACUGGCAACGGUGUCGCUGUCGAUAGUUCACGACCAUGUACCGGAUCGCGAAAGUUACGGCCCACUGCCGGAUUUAGUCCUGGAUAAUAUAAGACCAGUUGAGUGGGCGCUGGAUGUCAGCGAAGUGCUUAUAAUGAUUGUUGUUAACUCUUGCGUUUUACUAAUCGCUGUUCAUAAGCACAGAUUCAUCGUAAUGCGCAGGGUUUUCCUGCUAAUGUCGAUAUUAUAUUUUAUGAGGUCAAUAACCAUGUACGUGACGGUACUGCCGGUGUCUAGUGUGACGUACUACUGCAGCCCAAGGGUAAAUGCAACGGAGCGCAGUUUUCUGCUUAUCAUGAAGCGUGCCUUUCAACUAAUUUCGGGCUUUGGAUUGUCGAUCAAUGGGAAACACACAUACUGUGGCGAUUAUAUAUACAGUGGUCACACGGUGACGUUAGUGAUGGGAUAUUUGAUAAUUGCAGAAUACUCUCCCAAAAAAUUCUGGAUCGUUCACUGGAUCGCUUGGAGUGCAAGUUUGACCGGCAUAAUAAUGGUGUUGCUGGCCCACGGUCACUAUACUAUCGACGUACUGAUUGCAUAUUAUGUGACAACAAGACUGUUUUGGACUUAUCACACAUUAGCCAACAACAGUCUUCUUUUGAAGCAAAACGGACACAACUAUAUCGGUCGUGAAUGGUGGUUUUUUAUCUUCCGUUACUUCGAAAAAAAUGUUCGAGGACCAGUGCCACUACAGUACAACUGUCCAUUCCCAAUUCCGUGGACCAAAAAAACACCGAAGCUGGCAAGUCGCGAGAGCUGAUUACAGUACAUUGCGCCACUCGCUAGAACCAUCCUCAAAAGACCAAUGCGAGGAAACUACCGAUUGUUUAUGUUUCUGUUACUAACGACGAAACCUUCCGGGUAAGGCUGAUUGAUAUGUGCCCUAUCUGCUGUGGAAAGGCAACAAACCCAAAUGUAUAAGACUUGAUUACCCCAGAUUAGGAAAUACAUUAAUGUUGUUUUAGAAUUGUAAAGUUCACAGAACUUGAGCUGAUAUUUUAGUAUACAUAAGUACACAAAAUUUAUUAAAGUCAAAAGUAGGAAAUAGUAGCCUUAAUCAAACAACUAAUCUAAGAAAAAAAGAGUUUUAAACAUAGCUUUUAGUGUUGGAGCUCUUAGAAUGUAGUUCGAACUCGGAAGCAUAUGAUGAUGGACUUUUUCUAGUCGUUUUUGAAAGGUUGGAUUAAAUAAAAAUGUUUUUGCCGAGGAAAAAAUACGAUUAACAGAAGAUUAACAGAUAAUAUAAUUCAAAGUAACAUGAGCUGCCUUAACAAGAACGAGAGAAGAUCUUUCAGCAAAAGAUGUUUGGAAACAUGUGAUAAUCAUUAGACAAGUAUUUUUACUGGAACUAUUUUUAAGUAAUCCAAUUAUAUAAACGCUGCUUUUUGCAGUUGAUAAACGAAUUGUCUCCAUGUAUUUACAAAAGCAAAUAUGUACAGAAAAACAAUGUUAAUUCGAUGUAUGUUUCUCCUCAAGAACAAGAUGUUACCUAUCAUAAUGUGUAAGAUAUAGUUUUAGAUCUAGAGGAGCAUUUAUGAGGUAAGUUAUUUAGGUUUUAAGAUUUAUAAAGGUCCAAAUCCGCACGUAGUGCCUUUGAACAAAAAAACAAUAAAAGAAAAAGAACAAAGUAACUCCACUUGUUUCAU